AUGAAUUCAUUAAAAAACCCAGGAUUACAUUAUUGUUGGGUAUGGGUGCAAUGCUUAAAAGAAAGAUCCUUGCAUGACAAAAUCGUUGUAUCUUCCUCUUGUUUUGCAUCAAAUGAUCUUGCAUCCAGUGAUAUGAGUGACAAAGUUGACUUGGCAAACAAAUUAGAGGUAGCGGAUGGGAAUACGUAA